UCACGCCUGCUACCCUCUCCACUCUCCAGUCUCCCGCGGCCCUGCCUUCGGCCUUUCUCUCUCAUGCCGCUCGGCCGUCUCUCUCCGGCUGCCUCCCUCUCUCUCGCCUCCCGCGGCCGUCUAUUGAAUCUCUCUCUCGCUCUCUUGUUGAAAGCGGCACGCCGUUGUGUCUCUCUCUCAUCUCCCGUCGUGUCCGGUGGCUUAACUUCACCGUCGUCUCCCUCGCUUUCUCGUUGCAAGCGGCAAGCCAUCAUAUCUCUCUCCCGUCUCCCGUCUUUUCAGGACAGACCUUUGCUGACAUAGUGUGAAGCCCAGUUCAAAACUGACCCAAAACGGAAGCCCAAGUUUGAGCCCAAUUGAACUUGCUUCCAAACAAGCUUCUUAUUCUCUUCUCCUUUCUCACGCACGCCGCUGUACCUCUCGCCUCUCUCAGCCUUUCAGCUCUCACGCCGCACGUUCUAGAGCUCGGAGAGCAUAAUCGGCCGUGAUUUUCUUCCCAGGGGAUCAGAACGUUGCUUUACUUUUUGGAAAUACAGUUGGUUGUUUGUGACCUAAAGAUUGAGGGAAUGGAUUCUGACGAUGAACAAGGUUACAAACCUCUUCCAGAGUUUCAGUUAGAGGCCAAGGAACCACUCAUCGAUCUUAGUUCAACAGAUUCCACAGAACUUUGGCUCAUUCGUUUGCCACCUAGUAAACCGCUUCCUGGAGUGGAUGGGCAGGAAAUGUCACUCCAGCUUCAUCAAGAUGGACAGUCGGGGAGUUUUGACAAUUCAUCGGGAAAAGUCUGUGAUCUCAGUUUUGUGGCUCAAGAGUCGAAUGCAACAGUUUUUCUUAAUUCUGCAUCAGAUUCAAAAAUUGUUGGGAAGAUUUCACGUCUCGUUAACCUUAUCUAUCAUCCAGAGCCUGAUGAAAUUAAAAAACCCAAUCCCAUCAAUUUGAGACAUUUUCAGAAAUCCAGGGGGCUGUCACUGACAAAUUCUUCGCCACAAUUUUCUAUGCAAAGUACUAUGCUGAGAGGGUCACAAUUGACAAGUGGACAUCCUUCCUCACAUAGUAGCAGACAAAGAAGUUCCUUAUCGGAAGUUGGGGAGCCAUCAAAGACUCCAAAACGAAGACGUGUGCACAAUUCCCCUGUUUCUAUGGAGCGCUCUCAGCAAGACUCAGGACGAGGUCAUAGUGCAAUUACUUCAUCAGGGGGGUCCUCUGGGCGUUCCCAUCACCACAAAUCAAAGAAGACAAAGAUUGUUAAAAAUGAAGAGUAAGGUGCCCUCCCUGCCUUUCUUCAGUAGUUAAUUAUCUCUUCCCCAACUAUGCAAAAUCUUUCUUUUUUUUUUUUUGGUAAGGAGAGGUGCUAGAUCAUCACUGCUGCUUUUGCAACAGGAUUUACAAAUUUUCUAGUUCAUUAUGUAUUCUUGGAAUGCGGGCUUUUGAAUCGUUAAGAAAAUUGAUGGAAACGCUGGUAUGAGAGAAAUGAAAUAUUUUCUGCUCCUUUUAUUUCCUUGUUUGA